AUGGCGAAUGGUGGUUUGAAGGGUGAGGGGGACAAUGAGGGCGAGGGUGAGGAUGCUGAGGAGGGUGGUGAGGAAGAAGCCCAGAAGGGCUAUGAGAAGGAGGUUGGGGUGCUCGUUGACGACGGCGAGGGUGACGGUGGCGAAGGGAUUGAGGGCUUGUUCGUCGACGGGAGUGGUGGAUGGGGGAGUGGGAGCGCGUUCAAGGUGAACCUUGAAUGUGUAGCUGUCCUUGAGGAAAAAGAUGGCGAAGGCGAGGGUGAGAAUGAGGAGGACAGUAAAUGUCCAGCUGACGAGAAGGAGAGCGACGAGGAUGGUGACGGAUGCCAUUGA